AUGUAUGAUAAAAAAAAGACAAAAAUAUCCGAACUGAGCAAUCGUCUUUUAAAUUAAAAUGAAGUAAACGAGAGUUAUUACAUUGAGAAAAAUAACAUAGAAGAUGAUGAUGAAGAUGAAAAUAAUUAGAAUGAUAAAGACUACGAUUCAGAUCAUGAUGAAGAUGAAGACGAAGAUGAUGAAAAUAGUCAGUAAAAAAAAGAAAAUUCAAGAAUUAUCUAUUAUAACUAGAGGGUAAAUUACUCUAAGAUGAGAGAUAAAUCUCACCAAGAUAUAAGAAUCAGACCUUCUUUAAGUCUGGCAAAUUAUUUAAAUGAUAGUUAUUAAAAUAAAACUCAAUCUUACGACUAAGUCAAAAUAAAUAUCACUUCUAAGAAGUUUUCCUUUGAGCAAUUCCUUGAAAAGGUUGGUACAGAAAACUGGUAUUAGAUAAGAUUAUUUUCCUGUUUCUGUUUGCAAUGGUUUGUCGUGGGAUGGUUUAUGAUAUCUUAAAAUUUCUUAUUCCAGAAAGUAAAAUAUGUAGACCAUUAUUCAUAAACAUAAAAUGUAGAAGACUUGUGCUAAAAUGGAGAUCUUACCAUGGAAUAAACUGGGAAAUUAUUGCUUCCAAAUUAAUUUAACUCAAUUACUGUAGAAUUUAAUCUUUACUGCAAAAACGACAACUUGAGAUAAUUUUUUAUACUAUUUUAGCCUUUUUUUGGUAUUUUGGGAUAUUCUUUCUUUGGAUAUUUGAGUGAUAACUUUGGUAGAAAGCAUGCACUAAAGUUGGCAUGGAAAAUAUUUAUUAUUGGUUAAAUUGUUUAAUGUUUUACCAAGGUGUUGCCCUUAGUUAUUUCAGGUUAUUCUAUUAGCGCUUUUGCAGCUCUUUCUGUUAUUAUAUUAUAAAUCUCCCUAAUUAAUGAGUAAGCAACUGGAUAUGUUAGAGUCUUAUCAGGUAUUGGAUUAAAUGUUGCAUUUAGUGCUGCCUAGGCUAUAUUUACUGCAUUUGCUUACAUUAUACAUGACUGGAGAAUAUUGAUGAUAGUAUGUGGAGUAUUUCCUACAAUUUUACUCAAUUUCUUGAUUAGUACCUAUGAAGAAUCACCAAGAUUCUACUACUUAAAAAAUAAGUAGAAAGCCCUAAGAAUGCUUAAUAAGAUAGCUAUUGUAAAUGGCAAAAAAAGCUUAAAUGUAGAUCUUGAAAGAAGUACAUGGAACGAAGAAUGGAAAGAGAAAAAUAGGAAAUACAAAGAUUUAUUUUAGUACCUCUCUGUUAGAUUAAGUAUAUUGGCAGGCUCUAUGAUUUUCUUUUGUACAGAAAUGCUUUUCAAAGCUGGAGAGUUGACUUUAGAAAAGGGAACUUUAACAACAUAUGUUAAAGUCGUAGUCUUGUCUCUAUCAGACGUCUUUGCUUCUAUUGUAGCAAUGUUUAUCAUAAAUAAAUUAAAGAGAAAGAAACAACUUUACAUUUCUUGCACUAUUUCUGCUAUUUUUAUUAUUUUAUUCUAUCUUUACACAAAUUUGUUCACUCAAAGCUAAAUUAAAGACUCUAAAACAAUCACGUUCUUUCAGAUAUUGAUAGUAGUUAUAUCAAGGUUUUCAAGUAACUAUUUAAGAACAGUGGCUUUUGUUUAUUUUGCUGAGCUUUUCCCAACCGUUGUUCGUUCCAUGGGAAUGGCAGUACUAUUUGCUAGCUCAUAACUUGGGUCUAUAGUUGUUUAUUUAAUGCAAAUACGUCAAUUUAACGAUAUUUUAUACCUCAUUCCUAUUGCUUUUUGUAGCUUAAUUUGUUUAGUGCACAUUUUUUGGAUUCCAAAUAUUCAGCUAGAAAACUAACCAAUAAGAGAUGAAAUUCCAGAAAUUGCUUUUGGUCAUGAAGAUUAAUUCUAUUUAGAUGAAACUGAAGAUUAAUGA